CAGAUCUGAGGACAUCUCUGUGACCAGACCAGAAACCUCCCACCUGUCCAGCUCCUUCCCCAAAUGGACAUGGGGUCCAGCUCCUGGCCCCCCCUUGUACCAAACCUGCUGCUGCUCUUGCUGGCACUGCUGCCUGGGGGCCAAGCUGGCACAGACUGCUAUGGGAUCGCCGGGAUGCCGGGCCUGCCCGGGGCCCCAGGGAAGGAUGGGCAUGACGGAUUGCCAGGGCCCAAGGGUGAACCAGGAAUCCCAGCUAUCCCUGGGACACGAGGACCCAAGGGUCAGAAGGGAGAUCCUGGCACACCUGGCUAUCCUGGGAAAAAUGGUCCCAUGGGAACUCCUGGGAUUCCAGGGGCUCCCGGCAACAUGGGACCCCCUGGGGACCCGGGCGAUGAGGGCAGGUACAAGCAGAACCACCAGUCAGUAUUCACUGUCACACGGCAGACAGUCCAGUUCCCGGCGCCCAACAGCCUGGUCAAGUUCAACUCAGUCAUCACAAACCCGCAGGGGGAUUACGACACGAACACGGGCAAGUUCACCUGCAAAGUUCCCGGCCUCUACUACUUUGUCUACCACACGUCACACACGGCCAACCUGUGUGUGCAGCUGUACCGCAGCGGUGUCAAGGUGACCACCUUCUGUGACCACAUGUCCAACAGCAAACAGGUCAGCUCAGGCAGUGUGCUGCUGCAGAUGCAGGUGGGAGAGCAGGUGUGGCUGGCGGUCAACGACUACAACGGCAUGGUGGGCACCGAGGGCUCCGACAGUGUCUUCUCCGGCUUCCUGCUCUUCCCUGAGUAG